AUGACUGCUUUAGAUGACUUGCCUGAUGUCACCUCUUUCUUCGGAAUCGAUCUUAAGACAGGUUCAAUGAUAAUAGCAGCUCUUGGUGUGGUCCAUCCAAUGGCUUACGGCUGCUCUUUUUUUAUACCAUUGAGUUACCUUUUAGUCACAAUAUGGAUUUUAGUAGCCUUAUAUUUUGCGGCUAGUGUUGUGCUAUUUUUUGGGCUCGCAAAGGAUUCGCCUUCUUUAUGUCUUAUUUGGAUUUGGUACUCGGUGAUUUUUGUAGCUGUGAUGUUGAUGAUGAUGAUGCUUCUGGCCAUCGUCUUCACCUCCAGAAAACAGAGGAGCAGAGUGAUCAUCGUCUUACUUGGCAUGCUCUGGUAUAUUUUGACCAUCUAUUUUAUCUUGGUGGUUAACAGUCAUCGGAAACAAUUGCUCGGUCCAGGCUGGGGAAGCCUUACCAGCUUCACAGAGAAGAUAGGCUUCCGAAAUUAA